CUGCGGCAGCGAGCUGAGCUGCCGGGAAUGAGCGAACGAGUGACGACAUGCUAGCGAGCUAGCAGGGAAGCUAUCGCUAUCUAGUGUGUGCGCGGUUGAGGUGAUUUAUAUAUGAUAUAGAGUAAUACUACACAAUAUAGCCCUCCUUACUUUACACUAGCCAUUCAAGUUAUUUAACUAUGCCCAGCAAAAAGAAGAAAUACAACGCCAGAUUUCCUCCGGCAAGGAUUAAGAAGAUUAUGCAGACUGACGAGGAAAUAGGCAAAGUGGCUGCAGCAGUACCUGUUAUCAUUUCGAGAGCUUUGGAGCUUUUUUUGGAAUCAUUGCUUACAAAGGCCUGUCAAGUCACCCAGUCUAGGAACGCAAAGACAAUGACAACAUCGCAUCUAAAGCAGUGUAUCGAGCUGGAGCAACAGUUUGAUUUCUUGAAGGACCUGGUGGCAACGGUGCCGGACAUGCAGGGCGAGGGGGAGGAGAACCACACAGAGGGGGGAGGAGAAAAAGUCCCACGCAGGGGUCGAAAACCAGGGUCUGGCCGCAAGAAUGGAGGAGCUGGCUCCAAAGGCAAGGACAAGAAGUUAUCUGGCACAGAGUCAGAGCAAGAGGACGACUCUGAAGACAGCGAGACGGAUGGGGACGAGGAGGACGGCUCUCAGUCAAGCACAAAUCUGCAGGCUGCAUCCAGGUUCCACAGCUCAAACGCACCCCCUCAGUACAUGCACAUGGGCGGCGUGGUCUCGAUGGGCAGCAUGGCUCCCGCACAGCCUCAGAGCGGCAUGGCCUUCGCCCCCCACCCCUCCAUGAUCAGCGUCGCACCACCUCCCCCAGCCCCGGAGCCGCACAAAAAUGAGGACGACGACGAUGAAGACUAUGACUCUUAGCUCCUUCCUCAUCCACUGCGCACUCACACACACACACACACACACACAUACAUACCUACACUCUUUCGACAUUAUUUUCAAUAUCUUAAGUUGUUCUGGCGGCGGCCGCUCGACGCCGAGGAGGGAAAGACUCUUCACCGCGGCCCUCAGCAGCCGGCUAUUACAGACACCGCCGCAGGAGACAGGAAAAACUGAUGUAUAUUAUGUGUUUUAAUUUUCAUUUUUUAAAAACAAAAGGUUUUAUUUUAUUGUAGAGGAGAAUCCGACGAGGAUGUUUUUUAACAAGUCAGUCGUUCUUUUUUUGACUAUUAAAAACAGCAGUGGUAACUGUUUUCGCCCCCCCCUGCAGACAGGAUAGGUGUGGUUUGUGUUGCCUUGUAGCUUUUUCUUUUGGCACUUUUCUUUCCUCAGAUCCUCUGUAGUCGUGAAGUGAACAAAUCAGUCGCUCAAGGUUGACUGGAUUAAAAAAAAAAAAAAUCAUAAGUGGUAGUUAAAGCCUUGUAAUGUGCAUAUAAAAGCAGCUAGCUGAGUUCAGGGCAACAGUUUGUACAGUAUUUGGAAGGUUAUCAGCACUUUUUGUCUCGCCCAUGAAGUGUUAUAUUACUGUUAUCGAUUGGCUAUGAACUACUGCUGCUGAGCCCCACUUCCCGGCUUUGUCACAACUCGCCAGUCAGUCCAAUUGUCAGGCUGUAACAUAAACAAGGAAGCAGGUGUAUUUUUACUAUAGGUUCGCCAACCACAGCUUUUGUUUUUUCUAUUUUUAAUUCACAUUUUAAUCAAAAGACCAUAAACCUCCACAACCGCAGUCAGCCAUAUCAGCAGGUUAAUGAGUACCAUUUUGUUUGUCGUUGUUUUGGAUGCUGUCGGAGGUUAAUUCUCUGGCCGUUGGACUUUGUAUAUUAUUUUAUACGCCCAUUAAAUUCCCCUGAAUUGCGCAUCAGAAGUAUACUGUGACUCUCGGACCAUAACUUU